AUGGAACCAAUUGUUGACCCGAUCAACAUCACACAAAUAAAUAUUGAGAAAUAUGGAGAAGGUGUAUUUUCUUCAGAAAAUCCAAUAACGUCAUCAGCGACAAUAGAUAAAGAUAUGGUAAUGUUAUCAACAAAACAAGGGAUAUUAUUAUACAACAUCACAACUAGGUCAGUAGACCGUUAUUUUUCUGAAGGACCUGUUUUAUAUAAAAUUCAUUUAAUUCCUGAAUAUUCGUUAAUGGUAGCUCUCAAACUAUCACGAAUUGUUUUCUAUAUUUAUCAGCCACAAGCACAAACAUUAAACCAAUUUCUUACUCCAAUGGUCAGAUUGACUACUAACGCGAUUCAAUAUCAUACCAUCACUAUGACUUGUCUUAAGAAAUCUAUUGUUAUUGCUGGAGUUGAUAAAGAUACAAAAUGUGAAUUAACUGUUGGGCAAUAUUCUUUUAAUGGUAAUGUGUUACAAAAAAUUACAUUAAUGAAUUCGAAUGAAAGCAUUGUAGAUAUAUGUUUCAUUAAUAUUUGUCUUUGUGUUAUUACUACAAAUGAAUUAAAAGUUAUUCCUUGCUUGAGAAAAGGACGAGUGUUAUCUAAAUCAAUCAAAUUAAAUGAACUCCCUUCAUUUACUCGUAUUUCCCCUGCUCAAAUUCUUGUUAAAAUUAACUCAGAAUUAUUUUCAUUAACUGACACUUCUAUUGUACCAAUAGAGUCUACUGCACCAAUCAAUGGUGUAUUGUUAUUACCUCCAUUGAUUCUAUUGUUUCAUGAAUUGAAUCCCCAUCGAUUUUUUAUGUCAUACAUCAUUAAUAACAAUAAUAAACCAUCACAAAUGGUAAGAAGACCUGAAUUUACACAUAUAACAAAUAUUAUUUCUCCUUUAAUAUUUUGUUUACCUUGUAAUAGACUGUGCAUUGUUUCACUCAAAACAGAAUAUUAUAAGCAGUUAUUAAUUGAAGGAAGGUUAGAAGAGGGGUUAUUAAUGAAUAAACGAGGUACUGAAGAAGAUAGAAAAUGGGAUAUAUCAGGAUGUGUAUUGAGAGUAUAUGAAUUAUUAAGUCAAAUUUAUCAAAAUUACAAGAUUGAAAAAGUGAUAAGAAGUGAAUCAUUAGAGGAAAUACUUAAAUUGUUAAAUAGAACAAAAAUGAAUAUUUUAUCAAAUAGUAUUAUCAUUGAAUACAUUAUCAGAGAUUUUUGUCCUUCAUUAUUUCAUUCUAUGCACUCUCUAUUUCAAUUAGGUACAAAUGAUAUUUCAAUGAAAAUAAUGGAACAAUUUCCUGAACAAUUAUAUCACAGACUAAAUGAUUUAAUGAGAAUGUUUCUUGAAUUAAGAGCAAGUAUGAUUAAAAAGAAAUUAAUUCCUACUUUAGCAAUACCCCCACGACAUGCAUUUCUUCCAGUGUAUCAAGCACAUUUUGAUAGUGAUGAUAAAACAUCAGCGACAGCAUGUGUAUUAAUUCAAUUAUAUAUCUUUAGCAAUACAAUUACACCAUCUAUUAAACAAUAUAUUAAUAAACAUAAAAAUAUUGAUAACUCUAUAAUUGAAUUGGCAUUAAAACCAUAUGAAAGCUGUCUAUUAGAUUUUCUUACGUUGAUGGAUGAUGUUCCUCGUAUUAUGGGAUUAAAACUCAGUGAUCCAUUAUUAAGAUUAGAUGCUCUUGUUUCAAUUGCUAAAAAUCGACAAUGGAAUGGAGAAAUUAAUGAUCCAUUAGCAAUAGCAUUUCAAGAAAUUGUAAUUACAUCAUUUAAAAGAUUAUUAUAUUCACCAAUAAUAGAUGGAAGUAAAGAACUUCAAAUUAUUUUAUUUAGAAUCUUUGGAGGAAAAGAUUCUUAUUUACCACCAAAGGUAGUACUAAGUUUAUUAGAGGCAUGGGAAGUAUCAAAAAAUUCAAUGGUUAAUAAUGAAGCAUCUAAACGAAUGAAGAUAUUAUAUUUAACUGGAUUGUUAGAUCAAUAUCAAAAUGAAAAAGCACCUGAUUGGUUAGUUAAUUGGUGUUUUGUUGAAUAUGUUCAAUACACACAUUCUAUGGCAUCAUUAGGUGUAAAAGUACCUUUAAAUUUAUUAAAUAAAUGUAUUUGUUUAAUUGAAGAAUAUCCACAAAUUGCAAGUCAAUUAGAAAAGAUAACGAAUGUUUUAUCAUGGGAAUGUUAUCCAAUUAGUUGUCCAAUAGCAUUUUCAGUAUCUCAAGAAAAAGGAAUUGAUCAUUUUAUUUCUGUUAUUAGAAAAUUUUACUCAAAUGGUCAAGACACUACUUUAGGUGAAACUGGAAUGAUUUUAAGAGUUGAAGAUGAUUUAUUUAAUUUUAUUACUACUUUGAAUGAUCGUUUUGGUAACACUAUAGGUGUCUCAAAUAGAAGUACAUUAUUAAAUCAAUUUAAGUUUUAUUUACCACAAUUAAAAAAUGUGUAUCAACCAUUUUUAACUCCAUCAAUUGGAACAGUAGAAUUAGAGUUAAUUCUUUAUUUACAAUUACAAAAAAAUACUAAAUUAAUUCAUUACACAAUCAUUAAAUUAUUAGACUCGUAUAAUGCAAUACCUUUGGGAUGUGUUGAAACACUCUUACAAACAUUACAACCAGAACAAUUACCAAUAGAAUGUUUUAAAUUAUUUCUUCAUAGGAAAUGUAGUAAUGACUUACAAUAUUAUAAACAGUUUUUAGCAUUUAUGAUAUAUUAUAUUGAACAAAUACCAAAUAAUACUGAUAUAAUUAUUGAUUAUUACCUUGAAUAUUCUGGAUUACCUGGAGAAGACGAUAUUAAUGCAAAAGAAAAAUUAAUAAAUAUCUUAAAUGACUCUCCUUAUUAUCAAAAGAAACUGAAACAAAUGGAAAAUAUUAAUUGGAGAAUUAGAGCACGAUUAAUUUAUUUAAAUAGUAAAUAUAAAGGAUUAUUAGAAUAUUUAAAAGUAUUUAUAGAAGAAUAUAAAAAGAAUAAAAACUAUUUUGAAUUAUUUGAAAAUGAUUUAAAACUAUUCUUUGAUAAAGACUAUCGUGAAGAUGAAAUUCGUAGUAUUAGAAAAUCAUUUAAACCAUUUUGUGAAGAAAAAAAAUGUGUUUUAACAGAAACCAUUUAUUAUUGUGUUUCUAUGGCACCAGAUGGAGUUACUUCUCCAUUAUUAGGUGUUUUAAUGAAAGAGUUAGAUUUAAUGCAAGCACCAAUUAAAUAUAAUGUACUUAUUUUUAAUUUAUUUUAUAAGCAAAUUCCACCAUAUAUUUCUACUGAACAUGAUCAAUGGCUUGGAAUUAAAUCUCCUAAAAUUUCAUCAAGAAUUCAUUUUAAUAUCUACACUUAUUUGAUUGAUUCUCUACCUUCAAAUAUUCUUAUCCCUUUAUUACAGAAAAGUGUUCCAUGUGCAGCAACAGAAUAUUUUAGUCUUCGUUUUAAAGAGAUGGGAUUAAGGACAUAUCAACCAAUUCUUUCUACUAGAUUUGAAACUCAAACAAUAAAUACCAAAUGUGGUGUUUGUGAAAGAGUAAUUAAAAGUGGUGAUAAAUUCAUUGUUAAAAAUGGUGUAUUUUAUCACAUUCAAUGUAAGUAA